GGCGGUGAGAAAGUGUGCAGAAAACUCCAUCCGACCACAAGGCAUCUUCUUCUCCUGCUCAAGACGUAGAACUCGGAUAAAGCUGCAGCAGUCACCCUGUAGCUUACAGUUGCUUCAAUAGGUCUGGUUAAUUUAUUAAUCCCCCCUCGAUAAAACCAUCCAGAAACUUCCACUGUGGAAGAAAAUGAACAAGAGCGAGCUGAGUAUUUUUGAUUUUGAGCGACGUUUCGAUCAAACGAAAGCGCUGGAAUGGAUGCAGGAAAACUGGAGCAAGUCAUUUAUAUUUUGUGGCCUAUAUGCUGCGCUCGUGUUCGGAGGUCGACACUUCAUGAGGGAAAGGCCGAAACUGAACCUGCGGCGAACAUUGACCCUGUGGUCCCUCAGCCUCGCUGCUUUUAGUAUUGUAGGAACCAUCAGGACUGGAACGUACAUGGUGCAUGUUCUCACAAGCAGCGGCUUCAGGCAAUCUGUGUGUGACAACCAUUUCUACAGGGCACCCCUAACCAAGUUCUGGGCCUAUGCUUUUACUAUUAGCAAGGCUCCUGAGCUGGGAGACACUGCAUUCAUCAUCCUGCGGAAGCAGCGCCUCAUCUUCCUGCACUGGUACCACCACAUCACUGUGCUGCUUUACUCCUGGUUCUCCUACAAGGAACAGAUGGUAGGUGGCGGCUGGUUCAUGACCAUGAACUAUAUGGUUCACUCCAUCAUGUAUUCGUACUAUGCGGCCCGGGCGGCUGGAAUGCAGGUGCCACGACCAUGCGCUAUGAUGAUCACUGCUGCCCAGAUCCUGCAGAUGGUGAUGGGCCUGACCGUGCUUGGCUUAGUGUACUGCUGGAUGCAUGACGUGCACUGUCCCUCGACCGUGGACAACGUCAUGUGGGGCUCACUCAUGUACUUCAGUUAUCUGGUGCUGUUUGCUUCUUUCUUUUACAACAACUACCUUAAAGGUCAACCCACAGACAGAAAAUCCAAGGCAGAGUAAUGGCCAUAUAAAAUAGCUUACUGCCUGUUUUCUGUUUUUCUAGAUUUUAUCAGCCUCUGCCUCUUAAAGCAGGAAUACAUCAGUAAAUAUAGACAGUUCUCACAUGACCCCGUGAGAUUUUGGGAAUACUGUAUUAGGAAGGAUCAAAGAAGGAAAUAAAAGAGCACUGUGGGAGGGCUCAAUUUAAUGCACUGCCUCUGUAACACAUAAGAGCCAAAUAUUUGUGAAAUGUGUUCAGCAAAUGUUUGUGGUCACAUGUCGUAAAAAAAUUGUCUUAAUGUUGCUAAAUGAACUGUGACAUAGGGAAAAAAGCAGUUACUAAUUUCAUGUUCUUAAAGGGAAUGUUUUGUCAAUUUUAUUUAUACAAGCAUGUUAGAUAAGAACCUUGGUUUAACCUAUAAUUAAAAUGCUUGUAUCUGCACCUGUAACAUUAAUAUAUUUUCAGUUGAGUUUAACCGAUGGGUGAUCAGAGAUGUUUUAUCCACUCCAUCCAGUCCUAACUGUUUUACCUGACCAUUGUCCAAAUUUAUUUUCUUAUAUAUAUUUGAAGUACAGAUUUGUUUUAAUAAGAAGAUUCUGAUGAAAACAAGUUAUGAGCAUCUUUUUUUUUAAAUAGUCAUUUUGUUUACAUUUCUGUUGUCAGGACCAAAAGAAUUAAUGGUUUCCCAGUUCAGUGAAGACAAACUUGUACUGAUUCCAUUUUAUUAAAAAGAAGGUGGUUGAGAAUGCUGCUGUUUGCUUUUACAUUCAAUUGAAUCCCUUUUUUAAAAAAGAGACACAUCUGUCAAAUGUAUGAAAAAUAAAGUUUAAGGGCUUCUGUGUGCAAUUAACCUAA